UUUGUUUUUUAUUUAUAUAUUAAAUAAUGUUAAUCUUCUUGUGUAAAAUGGAAAACACAAACGGUUUAAUUUUACGCUUAUCUAGAACUGAUUUGAUGUGGAAUAGGUACUUUCAUAUUUCUUACAAUGAAACCCCAGUUAAAUAGUUCAAUAAAUCCAGCAUAUAGGCAAUCGGGUUAAUAUUCGUAAUCUGUGCUAAUCAUUUCCUGCAAAGUGAAUCAGUUCAAUUACAAUCAACCAAGUAUAAUACAUACCUACACGUGUUUGUGUUUAUUUCUUAUCCAUGCUAAUGUGAUCGGUAAAAAUAUUAGAUUGGAAAAUGUUUUAGUUUUCUUUAAUAUUUUAGUAUUUUCUUGCUGUUUCUUCUUUGAUUUACAAAAAUGUCUUAUAACUAUGAGAGCUGCGCUGCUAUCGUACCUCCUGAAACUGGCAAGGGUACGCCAACCACGUUUAAUAAGAAUAGAAGGAUUAGAGCCUUAACUGCCUAUUGGAUUCUUGGGUUAUGCAACAAUUAUGGAUAUGUAGUCAUGUUGACAGCAGCUAACGAAAUAGUGAACAAAGAAACAGGUGGUGAUACCCCCCCUAAAGAGGAAACUACUGCUCGAGACUGUACAUAUUUAUCAACAGGUGCCAUAUUAUUGGCCGACAUUUUGCCAGGUUUGAUUAUUAAAGUAAUUGCUCCCUUUUUGCCUUUCUUUGUGCACUUAAGAGUAGCAAUAUGUGUUGUCCUUGCCGCUUCAGGAUUUUUGUGUGUUGCCUACAGCGAAACCUUGGUUAUCGCAUUAUUAGGGGUAGUUAUGACUUCAUUGGCAUCGGGGUUGGGAGAAGUCACCUAUAUGCAGUAUAGUAGUUUUUAUGAUAAAAAUGUAAUAUCGACAUGGAGUUCUGGAACAGGUGGUGCAGGAGUAAUUGGAGCUGCUACGUAUGCAAUUCUUGCCCAAGUCCAUUUAGAAAUGAGGACAAUUUUACAGAUACUUCUUGUAGUUCCCGUUGCCAUGGGUUUAGCGUUUUGGUUGUUGCUUCCACGGCCAUCCCAAGAGGACAUUGCACAUGCAUUAGAAAUUCAGAAUCUUGUCAACAGCGAUGAGCUAAAGAACCCAAAACAAGCUUUUAUAAAGAAACUGAAAUUAAUUCCUGGACUGCUCAAAUAUAUUAUACCGUUUUCAUUAGUAUACGUUUUUGAGUAUUUUAUCAAUCAAGGAACUUUUGAGUUAAUUAGGAUCAAAAACUCAAGUAUAUCAAAUGACGAUCAAUACAGAUGGUUUCAAGUUACUUACCAAAUUGGAGUGUUCUUUUCCAGAUCUUCAGUUAACUUGUUCCAUAUUAAACAAACAUGGUGGAUGACACUGUUCCAGGGCAUUAAUGUUGUGAUAUUUACCACAGAAGCAGUAUUUUAUUAUAUUCCCAACUUCUACAUAGUUGUAGUUCUGGUUUUAUGGGAAGGACUAUUAGGAGGAUCUUCUUAUGUUAACACCUUUUACAGAAUUUCAACUGAAGUCGCUGAAGAAAACAAGCAGUUUUCCAUGGCAAUUACAACAUUUGGGGAUAGUAUAGGAAUUACAUUGGCUGGAUUUUUGGCAAUUUUCGCACAUAACAAAAUAUGUGCGCUACCCCUUCCUAAUUAAGAUUAUUAAUUUAUACUUACGUUUUAAAUAUGCAAAACUUAAAUUAAAUAUACAAAUUUAUAUUAAAUUUACAAAUUUAAAUUAAAUAGACAAAUCUAAAUAAUAUAUUAUACAAAUAUAAAGCUUUGAUAAAUAUACAAAUUUUUAUAAAUUAAUAUAUUUUGUUGAUACUA